AUGAGGAUGUUGAUUCUUCUGUGGUUUGUCCACGCUAUUCAGUUGGGUUCAUGUGAAAAACUUGACGUUGAAGUGAUUCUGUGGACCCCUCUGGAUAAAAUGCAGGAUGCAGACUACUGUGGAGUACUUCGUAGUCAUUCGGCGGAGUACUGGGCCAAUGGAUUACUCUCAAGCUGCACUUUCACCCGAGAUUAUCCGCAGGAAACUCACUUACAAAUUAACCUCAAGGUUAAAGUGGACACCACCAAACUCCCGAAGGACGCUCCGGAUGAUUCAUCUUAUGAUUUCCUAAUGUGGUACCUCAACCGGCUCAUCAACGGAGGGAAAAGGAGGUGUAUGACAACCUGUGGUGAAGGACAAAAAGAGGACAUCUACGAAUUUAUUCUGGUAGCCCCGUAUACCGAAG